AUGCCCCCACAAAAUACCACGCCUAUUGCCAUCGUGGGCAUGGCCUGCCGCCUGCCUGGCAACGUCUCAAGUCCUGCAGAGUUCUGGGAGCUGUGCUCGCGCGCCAGAACGGGCUUCGGCCCCAUCCCCAAGGAUCGCUUCAGCCAUGAUGCCUACUAUCAUCCCAACGCGGGCAAGAUGGGCUCCUAUCAUGCCAAGGGAGGGAAUUUCCUGACGCAUGUUGACCUCAAGUCGAUGGAUGCACCUUUCUUUGGCCUGACUGAGAAAGAGGCCGUGUCAAUGGACCCUCAACAACGCCUACUUCUCGAGUGCACAUUUGAGGCGCUGGAGAACGGAGGAAUCCCGAAGCACACAAUCGUGGGCAAAGGACGUUGUGCCCAGUCGAUGCAGUCCAUCGCAUUCGACAGCCGUGGUACUGGAUUCGGCAGAGGCGAAGGCUGUGGUGUGAUUGUCCUGAAGCCUUUGGACGAGGCUCUGAGGAACAACGAUGUCAUCAGAGCUGUCAUCCAUGGUUCAGGGAUCAACCAGGAUGGCAAGACGCCAGGCAUCACAAUGCCGAACGGUACUGCGCAAGAGCGGCUCAUCAACAAGGUUUACAGAGAUGCUGGCAUCUCGCCAGCAGAUUGUGGUUUCGUUGAGUGCCAUGGCACUGGCACCAAAGUUGGGGACCCUAUUGAGGCCACUGCCAUUCACAAUGCCCUUGGCCAGGGCAGGACAGCCCGAGACCCACUAUACAUAGGGUCCAUCAAGUCCAACAUUGGCCACUUGGAGGCUGCCUCGGGCAUAGCUGCCGUCAUCAAGGCCGUGAUGAUGCUUGAACGAGGCUUCUUGCUCCCCAACCAUGAUUUCAAGGAACCAAAUGAGAAGAUUCCGUGGAAGGAAUGGAACCUGAAGGUUCUGAAACGCCAACAACCAUGGCCAAAGUCGAAGAAAUACAUUAGCGUCAACAAUUUUGGGUUCGGCGGCACCAAUGCCCACGUCGUCUUGGGCAAGGCUCCUUCAAUCCAAAAGCCUAAACCCGCCAAGCCCACUCAAGCAGCUCCACAACAAGAAAGCACAUCCAUGCUACGCCUAUUCACAAAUGCACGGUCGGCAAAGGUGCAAGAAGCGAAGCCCGCCAGCCCCAGCAACACAAAGUUAGAGAAAAUGGUCGUGUUCCUGGAGCAAAGACCAGAAAUCUUCCAGAAGGACUUGAUGGAGAAUUUUGCAUACACCCUGGGCCAACGGCGCUCACUAAUGCAAUGGCGAGCUGCUAUUGCUACCGACCGCUCAUUCGACCUGAUAGAAAGCAUCAACAGCGACAAGAUCAUCCCCUGCAAACAAUCCGCAGAUAAGCCCAGACUAGGCUUCAUCUUUACCGGGCAAGGCGCACAAUGGCACGCCAUGGGUCGGGAGCUCUACCAUCAAUACCCCAUCUACGCCGCAGCCAUAGAUCGCUGUAAUGAGUGCCUCCGCCAACUCGGGGCGGGCUGGUCUCUCAGCCAGGAGCUCCUUCAGAGAGACGCGAAGAACACAAAGGUGGGAGAGGCACAUAUCAGUCAGCCCUCAUGCACAGCAGUGCAACUCGCACUGGUUGACUUGCUGCGUUCGUGGGAUAUAGAGCCGGUUGCUGUUGUGGGACACUCCAGUGGGGAGAUCGGAGCUGCCUACGCAGCAGGGCUCCUCUCGUUCGAGUCAGCCAUGUCUGUGGCUUACCACCGGGGUCGUCUUGUGCCUGUGCUAAAAAGGAGACAUUCGGGCCUCAACGGAGCCAUGACGGCAGUGGGAGGCACUGCUGCUGAGAUUCAGCCACUCAUCGACGAUGUCACGAGGAGCACGAAGGUCGAGGGCAAGGUCUCGGUAGCAUGCUACAAUAGUCCCUCGAGUCUUACAAUAUCGGGAGACUCCACGGCGCUGACGAUGUUCGAGGAUCAGCUCAAGUCAGAGCACCCAGACAUGUUCUGUCGACGGCUGCAGGUUGAUACUGCAUACCACUGCCACCAUAUGAAUAUGAUAGCCGACGAAUACCGAGAGUCUAUCGUCAGGCAGAUGGAACAGGGACCCCAAAGCAACAGCAACGAGCCGGCACAAUUCUUUUCUUCCUUGCACGGUCACAGGGUCGACGGUCUGGAAUGCGCUCACGCGGAGUACUGGGUCCGCAAUCUCACAAACCCAGUUCGCUUCUCAGAAGCACUGGACCACAUGGUGAAAGAGGCGGACUUGGACAUGCUUGUGGAGUUGGGACCCCAUUCAGCUUUGCAAGGGCCCACCAAGCAGAUUCUCAAGGCCGCAGCUGCAUCGACCAACGGAGACAACGGUGCAACUCCCAAUCGCGACUUCUCCAAGCUACCUUACAGCUCGGCGCUCGCACGAGGCAAGAACGCUAUUCAGACUUCCCUGGACCUGGCAGGAAGUUUGUUCAUGCGCGGUGCUUUCGUGAACAUGGAAGCCAUUAACUUCCCGAGUCACUGCCACUACGGCGCCAAUGGCAAGCUGCCGUCUCUGCUCACGGACUUGCCAACAUACCCAUUCAAUCACCAGCACAAAUUCUGGCACGAGCCACGCCUUGCAAAAUUACACAUACACCGCGGCUCCUCGGCACGGAACGACUUGAUAGGUCUCGAAGCCAUCUACUCCAACGACCUGGAGCCGACGUGGAGGAACAUCGUCCGCCUGGAUGAUCUCCCCUGGCUCCGCCACCACGAGAUCCAGUCGGUGACAAUCUUCCCCAUCUCCGGCUACGCAGCCAUGGCUCUCGAGGCCCUGGCGAAGUGGUGCCAGAAGAAGGACGUUCGGGAUCAGGUCGCUGAGUUUGAGCUGAAGGACGUCGAGGUCCUCAAGCCGCUGGUCUUCUCUGGCGGUGACGCUGACGCCGAGAUGACUAUCUCUCUCAGACCGACUGACCCCCGGGAUCCCGAGGCUUGGAUGGAGUUUCAUAUUUCUUCCUGGACUCAGGAUGCCGGCUGGACGAAGCACUGCGUUGGUCUGGCUGCCGCUCAGCUUGCAACGUCUCGGGAGCACCAGUUGGAGGGUACACAGCUUUCCGGCUCGUCACUGAAACGUGAAGUCAGCGCAGAGCUCAUCAAUGACGAGACCCUCACUGCUUUACACGGCGAGCAAAUGUACGCCCAGCUUUCGGAUCUUGGAGUCGCCUACGGGCCGUCCUUCCAGGGCAUCAAGCACUCCAACGCGUCAACGCGGUGUUCCACAGCCGACGUUGCAGUCAUUGACGUCGCUCACGACAUGCCGAGCGAGCACGUGUCCUGCGAGAUAAUCCAGCCCAACCUCCUCGAAGCCAUCAUUCAGAUGUAUUGGCCAGUUGCUCUCGCAAAUGGCGGGGGCAGUGGCGCCGGUACGACUGUUUAUCUGCCGUCGUCAAUUGGCGGGUUGAAGAUCUCAAAUGAGCUCGUGGCACUAGCCAAAGAGUCCGGGAGAACUUUAAAUGCGUAUUGCAAAGCAGGCUUCCCAGUCAUGAGCAGAGGAGAGCAGCCUCGUCCAAGCAAAGCUUCUAUCAUUGCAGUAGCAUCUUCUGCUGAAGAGGACGGCAAGACCUCAGAUGCGGGUUGCCUGAUCCAGGUCGAUGAUCUCAAAGUAUCUCCUGUGUCUGGUGGAGAAGCACAGGAUGACAGCACUGCUAUUGCGGCAGCCCGUGAGCUCUGCUACAAGAUUGAGUGGGAGCCUUUGGAAACCCAAGACUCGAGCAUCUCGUCAUUGGCGAAGCUCGAAUUAGAGAUUGUGGUCAUCCACGGCACUUCAACAUACCAACACUCUCUCGCUAAGGCGUUGGCUGAAGGUCUCUUCAGAGCGACAUCGUGGCGUGCGACUACUGGUGCUCUGAGCGAGGUUGACUGCGAGGGCAAGGUCGUCGUCGUCCUUGACGAGGUUGACCAGCCCUUCCUCGCAAGGCUAACCGAAGCCCGUUUCCAGCAGCUGAAGAUCGCUCUGCUCGGCACCAACGAUACGAAGCCGCCUCAUGGCGUGCUUUGGGUCACCAACGGAGCCACUCAGCCUGACUCCGGCAUGGUCACCGGCCUCAGCAGAACUAUUCGCUCUGAGACUCUGCUGCCGUUUGCAACUCUCGAUCUCGAAACCACCGAUCAAACAGCAGCAGUGACUUCGGUUCUCUCGGUACUUGGUUCAGUGUUUGGUGCGGCUUCAGACACCUCUUCGGCAGCUCAGGACAGCAGCGAACUUGAGUUUGUGAGCCGCAAUGGGAAGAUCCUUACUGCGCGGAUCGAAAACGACGAGUUCAUGAACAGCUAUGUCCAGCGAAAGCUGGACCCCAGCAUACCAGAGCUUCAGAGCUUCGGCAAGGAUGGUCGAUGCCUCAAGCUCAAUUACGAUGGCUUGUCAAAGGAAUCGACGGGAAGUCUGCACUUCGUAGAUGAUGACUCUCUCAACGAGCCUCUCCUGCCAGACGAGAUUGAGUUCGAAGUCAAGGCGAUCGGGACGAACACCUCGGAUGUCGAAGGCGAUGUGAAUUCCGAUAAUCACCACCUUGGAAUCGAAGCAUCUGGAAUCGUGACCCGGGUUGGCGAAAAGUCAACCACUUUCACACCAGGCCAACGGAUCGCCGCCUUAGCUCUCCCCGUUCCCGGACGACAGCACGGUGGCAUGUACAGAACACGCGCCCGCUCCUCCACCGCCACAGCCAUCCAUAUUCCCGCUUCGCUAUCCUUCGAGGAUGCUGCUGCUAUGCCUCUAGCUUACUGCACUGCCUACUAUGCCGUGGUAACUCAGGCUCGAGUACAGGAAGGCCAGAGCAUCCUCAUCCAGUACGGUGACUCCUCUGACGCUGUUUCUGUGGCUCAUGCGGUUAUCUGUCUCUCACAGAUGCUACUUGGCUCAACAGGCCAAGUUUAUAUGGCGGUUGGGUCCGAGGAGCAGAAGCUGCUGGUGGGCAGAGCGUAUGGCAUCCCACAGGACCAUGUCUUCCUGUCGUCUCGCAGGGGUAACAUUUCUUCCAUGCUGCAUGAGUGCAGAGGCCCAGAGCAUCCCGAGGGUGUGGACGCGGUUAUAUCUGUGGGGCACUCCACAAGUGCUUCGGGGAAUAACAUGCACGUGGCUCAAGACUUGUUGUCGUGUGUGGCUCCUUUCGGCUGCAUGGUGGACGUGCGAGUAGGAAAGAUGAUUGAGGGGAGCUCUUCGUUCAGUCCGGUCGGCAACAACGCCUCUCGGCCGAAUACCUCUUACUUCAGCCUCGACAUUUUUGAGCUAUCUGCCCAAAGACCAGAUGUCCUGAAGAACGUUGUCUCCAAGGUCGCGGGCCUUGUGGGCAAUGACAAGCUGCGUUCCCUCCCAAUGGUCAAAACCAGGCCACUGUCCGAAGUCGAGGAUACCCUGAAGCAGCUUCAACACGGUCAGCAACUGGAUAAGAUCGUGGUCUCGGUGGAUACUGAUUGCAGCAUUCUGGCAACACAACGAACGAAUCCUCUGAAGUCUUUGCUUCGCCCAGACGCGACCUAUGUUCUCAUCGGAGGCACGGGCGGUCUAGGUCGCAGCAUGACUCGGUGGAUGGUAUCCAACGGGGCUAUGAACAUCGUUCUUGUGUCUCGGAGUGCUUCUGCCUCGGGCAAGGUGAAGGAGCUCAUGAAUGACUUGAGAUCCACGGCUGGUGCCAAUAUCCUUCUCCGACGGUGUGAUGUGGCAGACAAGUCCAGUGUCGAUGCUCUGUUCCGAUCCGGAAUGACUGACCUGCCUCCCGUGCGAGGAGUUGUUCACGGUUCGAUGGUGCUCAAGGAUGUUUUGUUCGAAAAGAUGACUUUCGUCGAUUACAUGUCAGUCAUUGAAUCUAAGGUGCAAGGCGCAUGGAACCUCCAUCAUGCCACAAGUGGCAAAGAGAUGGACUUCUUCGUCGCCAUUUCGUCAACGGCCGGUGUUGUUGGUAACCGUGGCCAAGCAGCUUACGCCGCAGCCAACACGUUCUUGGACAGUUUUGUCCAGUACCGCCUGUCACAAGGGCUGCCCGCCGUCUCCCUGGAUCUCACCGCCGUCGCAGACGCGGGUUACCUCGCCGAAGCAGGCAGUGGUGAAAGUGACGGGGCCGACAGGGCCGCGGAGGUUGCCAGAAACCUCGGCGCGGAAAGCACCAUGUACGAAGCCGAGGUCCUCGCCCUCUUGAGCGCGGCCAUUGAGGGCCGCACCUCAGCAUGCAACCACCAAGUCGUGACGGGCAUUCGUAUCCCACCAGACAGGACUAAGUUACCAUUCUGGACCACAGACGCAAAGUUCAAGCACCUCCGCCAGGAGGCCGAGGCCCAGAUCAAGCAGAAGGAGGACGAGGAGGGAAGCUCGGCCGCGAAUGGUGGAGCAGCGUCCCUGUCAUUCAACGCGAUGCUGAAGAAUGCUCAGAACGCGACCGAGGCCGAGGACGUCAUCUGCAGGGGUCUUGUGCACAAGAUCGCGGCGCUGCUGAUGCUGGAGGAGAGCGACCUUGAUGUCACGCGCAGCCUGUCGCACUACCCGCUCGACUCGCUCGUCGCCAUCGAGAUCCGCAACUUCCUGACUCGAGAGUUCGAGGCGAACCUGCAGGUGCUGGAGCUGCUGAGCAGCGGGAGCAUCCAGUUCCUCAGCAGGGCGGUCUGCUCCAAGAGUAAGCUGUGCCAGGGCCUGGCGGCGUAA